GAUAAUCUUCAAAUGUAUCUCCCUAGUAGACAUUGAGCGGAAUGUCUCAUUCAACCCACAUGCGUUCCUCCAUUGGAGCUCUAGUUCUGCUCUUGAGCUGCUUUGAUCACCUGGUCUUCGGAGAACUCAACCAGGACUUCUCCAAAUGUCACGAUUUCUUCUAUAAGGGAACGCCACCGAAGGGUGUAAAUGCAUUGGGAUACCAGCCCAUAUGCCAGCGCUUUAAGAACCAGUUCCGCUUUGCCAGCAUGUACCAGCGUCAGCAUCGCACGCCUUUGUACUCGGCAUAUGUAAUCAGCUCUGCAGAUGGGAAACGGCCCACUUCCGCCUGGAUGUAUGAGCCGCAGCUAGCCUUUUCCCGCGCCAACCCUGAAAUGAAACCAUUCAACAUAUCAGUGGAUCAGAACGUGAUGGAAAGUCAAGCAGUGCUUCAGGAUUACAUAAAUUCUAACUACACUCGGGGUCAUCUCAAUCCCAGCAUGCACCAGAACACCUCAGAGGACCGUGUGGCCACGUUCACACUGACCAAUAUUGUCCCUCAGCGGGCGGGCUCCAACUCGGGGCCCUGGAAUUCCUGGGAAAACGGAGUUCUGAGGAAGUUCAAGGCCUUCUGUGAGGGUCCCAUGUAUGUGAUUACAGGAGCCAUGCCUUAUGCGAAUGGAGCUCGUUGGAUCAAAAACAGGGUGUCUGUUCCCGAGUACAUGUGGUCCGCCUACUGCUGCCCGUCUUAUAAGGCCAAGCUCCCUCGGGAUGUGCUGCCACUGUUUCCAACGUACGCCGCUGUAGGCAGAAACGACCGCAACAGUGGUGAGGAAAUUGUGCCGGUGAACCCCAAAGCAAGAACCGCCUUGCGGGGCUACGAUGUGAGGAAGAUGCCUCUGAACACCCUGGAGGGGAUCCUAGCACAAAGGCUGAACAUGCCCAUCAGUUUGUUUGAGGGCCGAUGUCAGUAGCUAUGCAUACUGCAAACGACCAGUUCUGUGAUCACUGUCUAUAAUCAACAUAAUCAUUUUGUUCUGAAUAGCAAUCAUUGCAAUGUAAUUCUGAAAGUAAUACCUGACUGCUAUUGAUCUUACAAUAAAUCUAAACUGCAAAGAAACAA